AUGAGGCGACCUCUUUUCAAGUUUGAUUUCCCGCCGUCAAAAGUGCUCCGGCCACCGCCUCCUCGACGGCCAUGUAAAGAAGAUUGGAAUACGGCGGUUGAACCCUUCAAACUCCUGCUUCCGCCCGUUCACCAGACAACCCGCACUCUCUACCCGAGGAGGUGUAAAAGAAAGAGGGUAACAACAGACAUAGAAUCUCUACCUGAUGAGCUGUUGUUUGAAGUCCUCAUGCGCAUCCCGCGCCAGCAAGAUAUUUACGAGGCAAGGCUUGUUUGCCGCAUAUGGUACCAUAUAAUUCACACCCGUAAUUUCAUGUCCGCCUACUUACACCACUCCCCUUAUGGUCUCCUAUUCAAAUCCAAGUGUUCGGAAUCACUUUUGGUCCUCCCUCAAAGAGGAAGGAUAGGGAUCGAGAUGACCCAGCUGAGGUACAACCGUAGGUGUUUGGUCUUUAGUAGUUGUAAUGGAUUGUGGUUAGAGAAAAAUCUGCAAACCAAAAAUGACCUUUACGUCACAAAUCCUACAACGGGGCAAAUUGUUCUUCUCCCUCCAUGUGUUAUUCAUGUUGCUGAUGCAAAUCAUGCAAUGGCGGACGUUGAUUUGGGACUCAUAUCAUCGGAGAAGGCAAGUAGGUCAUUUUGCAACCCUCCGUUGGUUACUGAAGGUUUCAUUCAUUGGAAACAUCCCCAUAGCCACCAUCUCUUGACUCUUAAUGUGGAGACCGAAACUAUUACAGAGACUCCCGCCCCUUUCCCACAGCUACAAGACUUUCCUGUUCAUGCGAGUCGAACCGACAUUUACUUAUCAACCGGAAAAUAUCUGUCGUUAUUGCGUCCUUACGGGGAGUGCUCGUGGCAGGUCUGGGAGAUGAGUCGACCCGAAACAGGGGAAUGGAGAAAGAAGGCCCAUUUUUCCUUGGAGGAUAACGAGGAAAGAUUCAAGCAAUUAGGUUUUGCACCCAAAGAAUUUUUGUUCCCGGUAGGCUGGGUCAAUCAAGCCUCCUCUCCCUCCAUCUUCUCCAUUGCCUUCCUCCACUGCACCGAGAGAGAAAGAACCGUUGCCGCAGCCAAGCACCGGUACAGCUGCCGAGAAUCUGAGAACUCCCAGCCCCAUCCGGAACCAAGCUUAGUCCUCCCGAGAGCAUACGGGGCUGAGACUUGUCCACCCGAGGCCUACCAGGCAACCGAAACCGAAGUUGAACAGCCUAGAGCUUUCAGCAGCAUGCCGCUCCCAGCAACACCUUCAUAA